AUGUACCUUAUUUGGAUUAAGUUUUUGAAUAGCUGGUCGAGUGGCCCUGAUAUUGAUAUUGGUAUUGAUAUUGAUAUUGAUAUUGAUAUUGAUAUUGAUAUUGAUAUUGAUAUUGAUAUUGAUAUUGAUAUUGAUAUUGAUAUUGAUAUUGAUAUUGAUAUUGAUAUUGAUAUUGAUAUUGAUAUUGAUAUUGAUAUUGAUAUUGAUAUUGAUAUUGAUAUUGAUAUUGAUAUUGAUAUUGAUAUUGAUAUUGAUAUUGAUAUUGAUAUUGAUAUUGAUAUUGAUAAUAUUGAGUGA